UUGCAUCACCUACUGGAGACUCUGAUUCAGAAACACUGUGGAAUACGAUGAACGAUCAGCUGUAGCCUGAGUGUGUGUUCACCUUGUUGUGUCGCAUGUGGAACAUCUGAGCCGAGCCGAGCCGGGGUUGUAUUUAAACAGAGAAAGCUGCCAACUGCACCAGCUGUGCGAUGGCCAGUCCAGAGGAAGUGAUCGAGCCCGAGGCCCUGAGCUCGGUGAUACAAAACCUGGGCAGAAGACGCUUCUCGCACGAUGGCCACAACCUGAGUCCAGAUGAGUUGGACGGCCUAAUGUCCAGCGGUGACGGCCGUCCUUUCCUGGUGGUACAUCGUCUUCCGGAUAUAAAGGAGGCGGGUGUGCCAUACCUAAUGCCUGGUAUUCCUAUUACAUGCAAAGUGGACAACACAGAGAAAUACACUACUCGCUCAAAGGUCCGUGUAGGCACCCUGUACACUGUGCGGCUGACACACGGCCAUUUCCACUGGACAGUAAAGAGGAAGUACAAGCACUUCCAGGAGCUGCAUCGAGACCUUUACAAACACAAGAUGAUGAUUAGCUUACUGCCUCUGGGAAGAUUUGCAAAGGAGCGGCAGCAGCUGAGAGCCAUGUCAGAGGAAAUGCCCAGCCUGCACGGGACUGAACGAACCAGGAGGACCUCCAGCAAAAUGAAAUAUCUUGAGGAAUAUCUUAAUGGACUGCUAGAGAACACGUUUUGUCGGAAUGAUCACAGCAUGCUGGAGUUCCUCUCUGUCGGUGCACUGUCUUUUGUCACUGAUCUUGGACCUAAAGGCUUGGAGGGACCCAUCUUCAAGAGGUCAGGGGGUCACCGCAUCCAAGGCCUGAACUGCAUCGGCCACCAUCAAUUCUGCUUCCGCUGGUCGCGCCGCUGGCUGGUUGUGAAAGACUCCUUCAUGAUGUACAUGAACCGGGACAACAGCUACAUCAACUUCGUGUUGCUGUUCGACCCAGAGUUCAAAGUGAAGGUCGGCCGUGCUUACACAGACACUAGAUAUGGGGUCUGCAUUGAGAACUUCACUCGGUCUCUGGUCAUCAAAUGCAGCAGUUAUCGACAAGCUCAUUGGUGGAGUCACGAAAUCAACCGGCUGGCAGAAUCCAGUGACUAUCUCAAAGUUCAACGCUUCAACGGUUUUGCUCCACCGCGCGAGAACACACUCACUAAAUGGUACGUGAAUGGAAGCGGGUUCUUUGCCGACCUGGCUGAUGCUCUGGAACAAGCCAAGGAGGAAAUCUUCAUCACAGAUUGGUGGCUCAGCCCUGAAGUGUUCCUGAAGAGACCAGCGACUGAAAACUACUGGCGCCUGGAUGAGGUCCUCAAACGCAAAGCAGAACAAGGGGUCAAAGUGUGUGUUCUUUUGUACAAAGAGGUGGAGCUCGCACUCGGCAUCAAUAGUGAGCACAGCAAGAGGACUCUCAUGAAUAUGCACCCAAACAUCAAGGUAAUGAGACAUCCUGAUCAUGUGUCAUCUGUGGUGUUCCUGUGGGCCCACCAUGAAAAGAUGGUCUCCAUUGACCAAACGGUAGCCUUCAUCGGGGGGAUUGACUUGGCCUUUGGGAGGUGGGAUGACAGCCAGUACCGGCUGACUGACCUGGGUUUGACAGAUGCAUCCAUCAGUGUAUCUGAGGAAGAGGCAAAGGGAAAUACAGACGACAAUGGUGAGGUUGAUGGUCCAAAACCCUCCGAACCAGAUAAUCAAGGAGUGCAGGAAACUGACAGUCUGACCGGCAACACUAAACUGUGGCUCGGCAAAGACUACAGCAACUUUAUCAAGAAAGACUGGGUCCAGCUGGACAGACCAUUUGAAGAUAACAUCGACCGUACUCAAAUUCCACGCAUGCCGUGGCGAGAUCUGUCUGCAGUUAUUCAUGGCAGAGCUGCCAGGGAUGUUUCCCGCCACUUCAUCCAGCGCUGGAACUUCACCAAGAUCUUCAAAAACAAGUACAAGGACAACUUCUACCCGUACCUUCUUCCCAAGUCUCAAUGCACUGCUGACUCACUCUCCUUCACUGUGCCCGGCUCUAAGAAAGCCAAAGUGCAGAACCAGUUUUUCAUCAGCUGUGCGGACGGGAAGACCAUCCAUAACGGGAUCGGCGAUGCAAUCGUGAAUCGGAUUCUGCGUGCGCACAGAGAACAGAAGAAGUACAGAGUGUUCGUCGUGAUUCCUCUGUUUCCUGGAUUUGAGGGAGACGUAAACGUGGGUGGUGGAAAUGCCAUCCAAGCCAUUCUGCACUUCACUUACAGGACCUUAUGUCGAGGGGAACACUCCAUCCUGUCGAGGCUCAGUGAAAUUGAAGACAAGUGGACGGAGUACAUCACAGUCUGUGGCCUGAGAACACAUUCCCAGCUCUGCCAGUCACUCGUCACAGAGCUCAUCUACGUUCACAGCAAGACCCUCAUCGCUGACGACCGCUGCUAUAUCAUCGGAUCGGCCAACAUCAACGACCGCAGCAUGCUGGGCAGUCGAGACAGUGAGUUGGCAGUGUUUGUGGAGGAUGAAGAGAGAGUCCCAUCCAUCAUGGGAGGGGAGGAGUAUCAGGCAGGACCCCUCACACUGGCUCUGCGUAAAGAGUGUUUCAGUGUUCUUGUUGGAGCUUCUGCAGACCCCAGUAUCAACAUAAAUGAUCCGAUCAGUGAUGAGUUCUUCUUCUUGGUAUGGAAUGCAUCUUCUAAGCUAAAUGCCACCAUUUACGACAAGGUCUUCAAAUGCCUGCCCCACAACACUGUCCACAGCAUGCGAGAGCUGAAGGAGUACUCCUGCACAGCACCCCUCUGUGACACAGACCCCGAGCAGGCCGCGGAGGAGCUGAAGGCUGUGCGAGGGCUGCUGGUCCACUUCCCGUUGAGGUACCUGUGUGAGGAGAACCUGCUGCCUCCGCUGGGCACUAAGGAGGGCAUGGCUCCUGUGGGGCUGUGGACAUAACCAUGACUCAGCUCUGGUCAGAUCACUACACUAACAGUUACAGGGCGGGCUGUAACAUACAUUCCUCCUUGUAGUCUCAGCUCACCUCUCAGUCAGUCCACCAAUGCAGUUACAGCACCUGCACUUCACAAGACAACUUAAGACAAUGUAUUUGUUUAUCACAGAUGUUUUUGACUGAUGAUGAGCGAAUUUGAGCAUAACCACUAAAAUGUAUUGCAUAAUGAUGAUUGAUAGACUGUUAGAAUAGUAAAUUAACCUUUGCUGGUCAGCUUUUUCACAAUUUCUGUGUCUGCCUAUUAACUAAACACAGUGCAAUGUGAACUGCAGAGCUGGCAAUGAUGCAAAACACACAUAAAUGAAUGUGUGAGUCAGAUGGGGAUUGCAAGGUUGUACUGGAAAUCCAGCAUCUCACAUGAUCUGGGAACAUAGUGUACAUUUAUUGGUGCAAGGUUUUUGGGUGGGUGGGUGGCUCUCGCUCUCUCUCGCUUUCUCUCUCGCUUUCUCUCUCACUCACUCUCUCCCUCUGAGACUUCACCUCUCUCUCUCUCUCUGCAGUGCCAGCAAAUCUGUCAGAACAUUUGUGGUUGUUAUGGUGACGGAUAUAAAGAGAUGACUGGAUUGGAGCUGAAAUAAAGACUGGAUAGGGCAGAGAAGGGAGAGCACUGAUAAAAGUGAUAACUGGCUAAAUCCGGAUGAUGUACCGGAAAAUAGAAAGUAAUCUGUUGAAUGAAAGCUGACGAUCUGUGUAGAGGCAACGUCGUUUUGAUAUAUAUUCUAUCUGGAGGUGGUACACUCAGGUGGAGAAACGAGGGAAAGAAAAAGGAGCACAAGAUAAUUAAAGAGUGAUGGAUUGAUUGUCGUGUUUUUCAAGUGAAUUUACAUUUCACUAUGAUUUCAGCAGUCCAAAACAAUUUCCUACAUUUCCUACAUUCCUACACAAAAAGCCGAGACAGAUAUAGUUGACCUCUGCAUUUUUCAGCUAUUUCCAUGUGAGCACCACAAUGUUGUGUGCAGCUGCCAUACACUACCUUGCAUGUCUGUCCUAUAUUCUAUUGCUAUGAUUACAUAUUUGUUUAGGUGCAUUCUAUUUAGCCAUAACACUGUAACCGAGUAGCAACAUGAUGUGGCAUUCAUUGAUGGUGCAAUAGCUUUGGUUAAACCAGCAGUCAUAUUUUAAAAUGAAAGGAAUUUGAGGUUUUCUUCUUUAGAGUAUCAUGUCUAUUCUAUUAAAACUGUUAACUUCUUCUACUGAGCCACAAAGUACUGAGUGAAUAUGGAGAAGUCUUGCACUGGACACACAGGUAGCAUUGGCAGUAAAUCUAGACAGGCAUUUAUGCCUCCUUUUGAAAUGUUGUAUUGACUGAUUUGGAAAUAUUAUGAAAUAAAUUAUGAUAACAUCCAAAAGAGGAUGCCUCGGUCAUGCAGAAAAACAGGAUUUACAAAGUGAGUUUUGUCAUAGCUUCUGUAAAGUUUUUGGAGUUUUUAGAAAAAGCAGCAGAGAGGCGGAAAAUAGGCAACAUGUAAAUAAUAAGACUUUUUGAGGAGAUGCCAUCCCAUGCAAGGUGGAUGGAUUGAUGUACAUGACAUCAUCACAAUCAGAGGGAUAGUCGAAUGAAGUGUGACCCUGUUGGACCAACGCCUGAGAUGGUGAAAUAGUACAGAAUGUUUUAUAAACAUUUGAGACAUGCCCAUGAGUUUCUGCCAAAUUACCACAGUGACCUGUCUGUGAAUGAAUACACAAACGUCUCCUCACUCUACAUGAAGCACCUUUCACAGAAUAGCCUUUAAAACCAGUACUGAUUAGUUAUGGUGCAUUAUUUGUUUCACAACUAUUCAACCUCCUUUGGAAGAUAUUGAGUCUUUGAGCUCCUAAACUCACUAUUUUCUAUUUUCUGAUAAAGCACAAAACCAUUGCUUUUAAUUGUUUCCUUAGGUGAAAGAUUCUGCAGAAAUGCCUGCGAUAAACUGAGAAGUGACCUUAUACUGUUUCUAUCAUGAAUUUUGUGUGACACCUAGUCAGCAUUACCAAUAUGUUACUAAUAAAUACUUAUAUUUCAAUUAUAGCUUUUAUCCCUAACAAUCACCAUGUGAUUCAAAUCAUAUAAGGAGUAAUUGUGUAUGCAUUUCUGUAGAUCUAGGUUAUUAUUACCUUGGAGUUACUGAUGUAUAGGUUAGCUGUCAGAGUCGAGAAUUCAUAAAUAUUCUUAUGCAGCCGCGACCAACUUGUAGUUUUAAUGAAUGUUACUUUUCCUGUUUUCUCAAUAAACUUUUUUUAUUGAA